CCUCUCUCUAUCAAAAGUUCUCCUCUCCUCUGAAAAUUUGUUCUUUUUUGAAAGUCUCUCUCUCUUUUCUUAUUUUUGGGGGUAAACCUUCUUUGUCUCUCUCUAAAACCCUUUGUUUGUCUUCAUGGUUUAGUCUCGGAUCGAACAAGGCUGGAAAUUCGAGAAAGUUAUUGAUGGCGCCAACAAGAAAAUCUAAAAGUGUGAACAAACGAUAUUCGAGUGUAUAUGAAGUCUCUCCUGAUAAAGAUGCCAGUAAUUCAAGCAAAAAUAAGCCAAAGAAGAAAUUAGCUGACAAGUUAGGAUCUCAAUGGAGCAAGGAAGAAAUUGAGCGUUUUUAUAAAGCUUAUCGAGAGUAUGGGAAAGAUUGGAAGAAGGUGGCUGCUGCUGUGCAUAAUAGAUCCACUGAAAUGGUGGAGGCCCUUUACCUUAUGAACCGGGCAUAUUUAUCCCUGCCAGAUGGAACAGCUUCUGUGAUUGGCCUUAUAGCAAUGAUGACCGAUCAUUAUAGUGUCCUGAGAGGGAGCGAUUGUGAAAGAGAGAGUAAUGAGCCUUCUGAAAUACCCCAGAAAGCUCAAAAGCGCAAGCGGGCAAAGGUUCAUCUUGGUGCCUCAAAAGAAGGUGUUGUACAGCCUCAAUCAAUUGCAUCUAGUCAGGGAUGCCUAUCUUUGUUGAAGAGGGCAGGCCUUAAUGGUAUUCAUCCUCAUGCAGUAAGGAAAAGAACUCCUCGGGUUCCUGUUUCAUAUUCAUAUAGGAGAAAUGACACUGAAAGUUACAUUCCACCAAACAAAAGAGUUAAGAAGUCAGACGCUGAUGAUAAUGAUGCUGAACAUGUUGCCGCAUUGACGUUGACUGGGGCAUUGCAAAGGGGAGGCUCCCCUCAGGUUUCUCAGACACCUUACAAAAGAGCUGAAUGCAGAAGAUCCUCACCCGUUCAGAGCUAUGAUAGGACGUCACCACAACCGGAGACAACUAAGGCCAAGCUUGAUGAUUCUUCCUACGAAUGCUGGAUGGAAGGCAGGCCUAGGGGCACGGAACCUGUAAUUGGAACUCAUGCCAGAGAUGCAGACCCCUUGAUGGAUAUGGAAGUUGUUGGUACCAUUGAAGGUCAUCGAAAGGGAAAGAAAUUUUACAGGAAGAAAAUGAAAGUUGAAGAAACCAAGAACAAUCUCUCUGAUGAUGGUGGAGAAGCGUGUAGUGGCACUGAAGAAAGAAUUAGAGGUAGUACUCUCAAAGGGAAAGUUGAUAUGGAGAUUACCAGUGCAAAAAGUGAACAACUUUCACCAUGGAGUCAGAGGAAGAGAAGUAACAAGAAGCUUGUCUUCGGAGAUGAAAGCUCUUCCAUUGAUGCUCUGCUGACAUUAGCCAAUUUGUCAACGUCAAUGUUGCCAACAUCAAUAAUGGAAUCUGAAUCAUCUGUCAAAUUGAAAGAGAAUAGAAUUACACUUGAAUCUGUUGACAAGUCUAGUGCCCCUGAAGCUGCAUCUACAAGUCAUCACAGAGAUAAUAUUAAGCACCUACGGCCAAACGAAAAGGUGCUCGACUCAAUCACUGGUGCAGAGGAAGCUACCACUAGGAAACUAAAAGUUGGAAGGAAUUCAGCUAUGGAUGAUAAUGUUGUUUCUGAGGCAAAACAAAAGCCAGAACCUACCAAUAACUCUUGGAAAAGAAAACGCAAAUCCUUCAGUUCAAAGAUUUCUAAUGCAGAAGCUUCAAUGGAUUCUCAUCUCCGACAAUCUUUUGAUAAUGAGGACAUGGGUGAAGAAGACAAUAAAUAUCUCACUAAAGGUAAAUGUGGUGCUCAAUCUUCUGUUCAAUCAAGACAAUGGAAGUCAUUCAGAGUGUCAGAGGAUUCCUCUACUAAUGAUGAUCCAAAAAUGGCUGGAAUUGAUUCAGUGGUGUUGACUUCACAAGUUCCUGCACCAAACCCUGUUAGCGUACCACCUAAGCAUCAAAGUAGACGUAAAAUGAACCUGAGGAGAGCCUUCCUUUCAACAGAUAGAAGUUCUUCCAAGUGCACAUUGAAAAAUCAACCAAUCAAGCAGUCUGUCACACAAGACAGACUAAAGGAACAGCUCUCUUCCUGCCUAUCAUCUAAUCUGGCACGAAGAUGGUGCUGUUUUGAAUGGUUUUACAGUGCUAUUGAUUAUGCUUGGUUUGCUAAAAGGGAGUUUGUUGAGUACCUAAAUCAUGUCGGACUGGGUCAUGUUCCAAGGCUUACUCGUGUUGAGUGGGGUGUCAUAAGAAGUUCCCUUGGCAAACCUCGGAGGUUUUCUGAACGCUUUUUACAUGAAGAAAGGGAAAAACUUAAACAUUAUCGGGAGUCUGUGAGACAACAUUAUUCUCAGCUUCGCGUUGGUGCUAGGGAAGGACUUCCAACGGAUCUGGCAUAUCCUUUAUCAGUUGGACAACAAGUAAUUGCCAUUCAUCCCAAAACGAGGGAAGUUCAUGAUGGAAAAGUACUUACUGUGGACCAUGAUAGGUGCAGGGUUCAGUUUGAUAGUCCUGAACUAGGGGUUGAAUUUGUCAUGGAUAUUGAUUGCAUGCCAUUAAAUCCGUUGGAAAAUAUGCCGGAAGCACUUAGGAGACAGAACCUUGCUUUUGAUAAAUUCUCCGUGACACCUAAACCGUCUCAAGUGAAUAGCCAUUCAGAUUUUGGUGGGUCCACGGUAUUCACUUCAAGUGGGCGUCUGGAGAAUGGAACCAGCCCUGUGAACAUAUCGGCAAAUCAGAUAAAGGUGGAUGCCAACCGUAACAUUUUGCAUGCUAAGGCAGCUGUUCCUUAUGUUGUUAGUGCACAUCAAGCAGCCUAUGGUCAACCACUUACCAUGGCACAUAUCAAAGGGAGGGAAACUGAUACACGAGCUAUGUCUGAAUUGAACGGUGCUCUUGACAAAAAGGAAGCUUUAUUGAUGGAGCUCAGAAACACGAACAAUGACAUAUCAGAAAAUCGAAAUGGAGAAAGUUGUUUAAAAGAUUCUGAACCUUUCAAGAAGCAUAUUGCCACGGCUUCUUCUGCUUUAGUUAACUUGAGACAACAAAAUGCUUACCCAGCAAACCCCCUGUCACCUUGGCAGAAACCCCCAACCAAUUCCAACUUCUUUGGUGGCUUGAAAAGUUAUGUUGACAGUUCUCUUGUCUCACCAGAAUCAGGAUCUGGUGUGGGUGAAAUUGUUCAAGGCUCAAGACUAAAGGCGCAUGCUAUGGUGGAUGCUGCUAUGAAGGCCAUGUCAUCAAUGAAGGAAGGCGAAGAUGCAUUUAUGAGGAUUGGAGAAGCUUUGGACUCUUUAGAUAAACGGCAAUUCACAUAUGACAUUAGGAUGCCGGUGAUCAAGUCACGAGAGCAGGAGAAUGGCAGUAUGGAUUAUCGCAAUCACUUGGUUUCCUGUACAUCAAAACCGGUGGCUGCCGGUUGGGCAACUAAUCCCAAGUCGCAGGAGGCUUCUGACAAAAACGAGGAACAAGGUCCUUCAGAGCUGAUCGCAUCAUGUGUUGCUACUUUGCUCAUGAUACAGACAUGUACAGAGCGACAAUAUCCGCCAGCAGACGUGGCUCAAAUAAUCGAUUCAGCUGUUACAAGCUUGCAUCCAUGUUUCCCCCAGAACCUGCCAAUUUACCGAGAAAUACAAAUGUGCAUGGGGAGGAUUAAGACUCAAAUAUUAGCUUUGAUACCCACUUGAAUCUGAUUGCUUUAUUUUCUCUAUCUCCUUUCUUACCAAACCAUGUACAUAUGAUGUAGGAAUCCAGGUUCCUGGUAUAAUUCUUUCGAGUUCUUUCUACCCUCCCAGUUUUCUGUUUUUGUUUUAACAUGGAUCAACAAUUAUACAAAAUCUCAAUCCUAAUUGGACCAUGAUUCUAUGAA